AUGGGCCGCCUGCCGCUGCUGCUGCUGGCCCUGCAGCUGCUGGCCCUGCUGCUGGCCGCGCCCGCCGCCGGGCCCCCCCGGGCCAAGGGCAACCGGACGCAGGGCGCGGCCCGCCGGCCGCCCCGCCCGCCCAAGGAGCUGAACCAGACGCUGGCCGGGCCCGGGGCGGCGGCGGCGGCGGCGAGCGGGGGCGGCGGCGGCGGGACGGCCCCGGGCCCGGCGUACGAGACGUGCUGGGGCUACUACGACGUGAGCGGGCAGUGGGACAAGGAGUUCGAGUGCAACAACAGCCAGAGCGGGUUCCGCUACUGCUGCGGCACCUGCUACUACCGCUUCUGCUGCAACAAGCGCGCCGAGAAGCUCGACCAGGGCCAGUGCCGCAACUACCAGAGCCCCGGCUGGAUCACCACGCCCGGCCUGCGCCCCGCGCCGCCCGACGGCAGCCAGCCCGACAAGUACGACCCGGCCAAGGACAGCACCAACGCCACAGUCUACAUCUCCUGCGGCGCCGUGGCCUUCGUGCUGGUGGCCGGCGUCUUCGCCAAGGUGGCCUACGACAAGGCGCGGCGCCCGCCCCGGGAGAUGAACAUCCACAGGGCUCUGGCAGACAUCCUAAGGCAGCAGGGGCCAAUCCCAAUAGCACACUGUGAAAGAGAGACUAUCUCGGCCAUAGAUACCCCUCCCAAAGAAAACACACCUGUCCGAACAUCCUCCAAAAACCACUACACCCCUGUGCGCACCUCUAAAAGCAACCCAGGUCACUAUGGGAAGGAUAUUUAUCGAAGUGGAGGGCCAGAUCUCCAUAAUUUCAUCUCCUCCGGGUUUGUCACGUUAGGAAGAGGACACGUGAAGGAUGACCAAGAACAAAAUUAUAACCACCUGAUACUAAACAGUGCAACCCAGACACCUACAAAUGAAAAACCACGGAUGAACAAUAUCCUCACUUCCGCCACGGAGCCCUAUGAUCUCUCCUUUUCCAGGUCCUUCCAGAACCUCUCCCAUCUCCCGCCAUCCUACGAGGCUGCAGUCAAGACUAACCCAAGUAAAUAUUCUUCUCUGAAGAGAUUAACUGACAAAGAAGCUGAUGAAUAUUACAUGAAGAGGAGACACCUUCCUGAUCUGGCAGCACGAGGGACCCUCCCUCUCAAUGUCAUCCAAAUGUCUCAGAAACAGACCAACCACAGAGAACGGCCCCGCCGACCCAUACGGGCUAUGUCCCAGGACAGGGUGCUGUCCCCUGAGAGGGUCAUGCCCGAGGAGUUCAGCAUGUCUUAUGAACGGAUCCUCUCUGAUGAACAGCUUCUGUCCGCAGAGCGCCUCCAUUCCCAAGACCCCCUGCUCUCCCCAGAGCGCACAGGUUUCGCAGACCAGUCCAUGUCACGCGCAUUGUCACACACAGACGUCUUUGUUUCUACGCCUGUCUUGGAUCGCUACAGGAUGACAAAGAUGCACUCCCAUCCCAGUGCCUCAAAUAACUUGUACAAUACCUUAUGUAUGAACCAAACUUCCGCCAAGCGCCAAGCAUUCGCCUCCCGACGGCACAAUACAGUGGAACAACUGCAUUAUAUCCCAGGACACCACCACCAUUACCGCACAGCGAGCAAAACAGAGGUGACUGUUUGAUAUGACACUGUGCAUUGUAGAUAAUCAGUAAGGACUGGUGUGACCCCAGCACCCCAAACUGCAGUGGCCUUACAGGCCAAGAUAACCUCUAACUGAGUGUCUGAAAAGACUUUUCCGACAGUCAUAUCUGCAUUGUUUUUAAAACCAUUCUCAUGUUGUUGACAUAAGAAGAAAAAAUGGGCAAUUGGAGAGAA